AUGGCAACCAAAAACUACCAAGGUGGUAAAGUACAUGGACAAGUCUUGAAGCAACAAGAAAAUUCUCUAGAUUCCAUUGCCGAUGAGUUUAGAACUGAAUUGGAUGAUGCUACCAUUCAGAAAUAUAAAGAAAAGUUCAUGUUGUACGAUGUCAACAACAGUGGUGAUAUCGAUUUAUACGAGCUCCAAUUGAUGAUGGAAAAGAUUGGUCAAACCAAGACCCAUCUCGAAUUGAAAAAGAUGAUUGCCGAAGUCGACUCCACCGGUAAAGGAACUAUUAACUUUAGAGAUUUCCUUAUAAUGAUGACUGGAAAGAAGAGUUCUAUUCUUCAAAAGAUUUUAAUGUUUGAAGAAUUGGCCAAGAAACCCGAAACACCAAAAGGACCACCACCAAAGAAGUCAAUCUCUGAUUUCUUAUAA